AUGGCGCUCGGUGGUCUGUUCGGCACGGCGGCGGUGGCCGUGGUCGUGUCGCUGGCGGUCCACGUCGCGCUCAACUGCCCCAUCCAGCCGCUCCCGUCGCCGCGGCCGCCACCGCCCGCCGCGCGCUACCGGCCUAAUAACCUCCUCCAGGUCAGUCGUUCGUUCCUUGCCAGUCGUGCUAGAGUAAUCUUGCCGUGUCACGCCGCGUACCGAUGGCCUGAUGGUCUGGUAUAUGCAGGGGCUGGAGAAGCUGGGGGAAGGGCAGCUGAGCGCGCCGGAGGACGUGUACGUGGACGCGGCGGCGGGAGGGACGCUGUACACGGCGACGAGGGACGGGUGGCUGCAGAGGAUGCACCCCAACGGGUCGUGGGAGCAGUGGCGGGACUGCUGCGAGUUGAGGAGGGCCGUGUGACCAUCCUCGCCUCAACGGUCGAAGGCUCCACGAUCAGGUUCGCCGACGAGGCGAUCGAGGCAUCGGACGGCACGGUGUACUUCAGCGACGCCAGCACCAGGUUCGGCUUCGACCGGUGGUUCCAUGCCUACGUCGAGUCCCAACCCACCGGCCGCCUCCUCAAGUACGACCCGCGCACCGGCAAGGCGUCCGUCGCGCUCGACAACCUCUCCUUCGCCAACGGCGUCGCCCUGUCACGGGACGAGGCCUUCGUCAUCGUCUGCGAGACAGGGAGGUUCAAAUGCACGAGGCUGUGGCUGAAGGGGGACAAGACCGGCCAGGCGGAGACGUUCGUCGGCGACCUUCCCGGGUCUCCGGAUAACAUCCAGCUAGCGCCAGACGGCUCCUUCUGGAUCGCCCUUAUCCAGAGGUCGCCGUGGCUGGACCUGGUCAUGCGCUGGACGUUCACGAAGAGGGUCGUCGCCUCGUUCCCGGCGCUGCUCGACGCGGUCCACGCCACGGGGAAGGGGGCGAUGGUGGCGCAGGUGUCGGAGGACGGCGAGGUCCUCCGCGUGCUCGACGACACAGAAGGGAAGGUGAUCAACUUCAUCACUUCAGUGACGGAGUUCAACGGAGACCUCUUCUUCGGGAGCCUCGCGACGAACUUCGUGGGCAAGCUAUCUCUGGCCAAGGUAGCACAGGCACAGGGACAGGCGGCGGCUUCUUCCUAG